AAUUUUGUUGUGUUAGUGAUUUUUAAAAUUCGAUUUCGCAUUAUCUUUAUUGAGUAGUGAAAAGAAUAUCAUAGUAAUUCUUAAGUUUGAAUUUAUAUUUUAACUGAUCUGGAUUAUUAUUAAUUUAUUUGGUAUGAUUUUUGGAGUAGUAAAGGAAAAGGUUCCUUUAACUGGCAUUUCCAUCUUCAUAUAAUUUUGUGGUCAAACCCUAAAAACACAAAUCUCAUUUCCCCCAAAUUAACAUUCAUUCACUCUGUACUUGGGCUGAAUUCUACUCUCCUAGACACGCAGAUACAUACACAUAUACGUACACCUACAUAUAUACAUCACAUGCAAACACGUUCAGCCAUUAUUAACUCAAGAGUUGUGAGGAUCUGGUGGAGAGCUGAAUUUCACGCUCAGCGCCCUUCUAAUUCCGUUACAGAAUUCGAAAGGGGAUAUUUAGUGGAAAGAUCUCGUAUUGGAUGUGGUGGUCUCGUUGCUACUUUAUGGUCCUAUCAGGGUAGCUAUUCACCCCUCGUGACACGAAUAAGGAAAAAAUAAAAGAAAACAAUAUGCCAUCAACAAGCAAAGCUGAUAAGAAGGCUGCAGUCGAUGCGGCUGCAUGGAUGUUCAAUGUAGUCACUUCAGUUGGGAUCAUAAUUGUGAACAAGGCAUUAAUGGCUACUUACGGCUUCAGUUUUGCGACUACAUUAACUGGUUUACAUUUUGCUACCACAACCUUGAUGACGGUCGUUCUAAGGUGGUUGGGUUACAUUCAACCUUCUCAUCUACCAUACUCGGAGCUUCUUAAAUUUAUCUUCUUUGCAAAUUUCUCCAUUGUUGGGAUGAAUGUCAGCUUAAUGUGGAAUUCAGUGGGAUUCUACCAGAUCGCAAAACUGACUAUGAUACCUGUCUCCUGCUUGUUGGAAGUUGUGUUUGACAAGAUCCGAUAUUCGAGAGACACAAAGCUUAGCAUCUUAAUUGUUCUCCUGGGUGUUGCAGUCUGCACAGUUACUGAUGUGAGUGUUAAUGCCAAAGGAUUUGCCGCUGCAUUUAUUGCAGUCUGGAGUACAGCACUGCAACAGUAUUAUGUUCAUUAUCUCCAAAGAAAGUAUUCCCUUACUUCCUUCAAUCUACUGGGGCAUACGGCACCAGCCCAGGCUGGAUCACUAUUGUUGCUAGGCCCGUUUCUAGACUAUUGGUUGACAAGCAAGAGAAUCGACGAGUUUCAAUUUCAUUUUCCAUCUCUGGUGUUCUUGAUCCUGUCAUGUACUAUUGCAGUCGGGACGAAUCUCAGCCAGUUCAUCUGCAUAGGCAGAUUUACUGCUGUUUCCUUCCAAGUCCUCGGCCACAUGAAGACUAUUCUUGUACUGAUCCUCGGCUUCUUAUUCUUUGGAAAAGAGGGCCUGAACAUACAAGUAGUCGUUGGCAUGAUCAUUGCCGUUAUUGGGAUGGUCUGGUACGGCAAUGCCUCGUCAAAACCUGGUGGCAAAGAGCGACGCAGCCACUCAAUGUCCAGAAACAGUCAGCAAAAGCACGGAGGGUCGCCAGAAUCUUCUGAAGCCGAUGACAAGGUGUAAGACUCUCGAACAGUUGACAUUGUAGCACACAAAAAGGUUAGCUCAUACCACGAUUCUUUAAUGGUCUGACUCUAGAUACAGUGGAAACUCUUAAAUUGGUUUAUUAUUAGAGUCUGCUCAUUACAAAAGCACCAACUGAGGAUAAACAAGAACAGGAAAUUUUGUAUUUCUGAUAAAUACAGUCUCUUCUCUACCCCUACUCAGUGUUAAAAUUGCCAUUAUUCAUCGGGUUUUCGCCCCUUGAUCAUAAUUUAUAGUGACAUUAAUUCCUCAUAAGUUAUAGUGUCGUUUAUAUUUUUCUCAUUUAUCAAAGGAGGGGAUAUGAUUAUUCUACUGAUGCUGUAAGGUCUAUGAGCGUUUUUGCCUAUUGGUGUUGUGUAUUGUGUCUUUAUGUAAAAUUUGUAUGAGUUCACUUUGUAAUUUUGUACGGAACCAAGAGAGGUUUUUGGCCCCUAUUUAUUUUAUUUUGAGAA